AUGGCCAAGUGGCUGGCGGCGCGGGCUGCACGAUGGCGGGCGGCAGAGCUGAUGGCUCGUAGUCACGGCCGCCAGCGCCUCCGCUCCGUCCUCCGGGCGUGGGCGGCAGAGGCUGCAUCGGCUGCGCCAUUCUCACAGGCAAGGGCUGCCGCGGCUGAGGAAAUGGCUAACGAGCGGAUUGUCCGACGCGCCCGGCUAGCGCUGCUCGACUGGAAGGAGCUGGCAACCUCGCCGCGGUGGUCGGCCAAGGCCCGCCGUGCCGCACACCAGCGCCGGGUCGAGCGGGUCACCGCUCGCCUGGAGGCUGCUCUGCCACCUCGAGGUGGUGUUCGCAUCACGCCUGACAUCCUGGCUGCUGCCAUCGACGACGACGCUAUCGCUCAGUGGCAUGCCAUGAUCGGCGCCCGCCUCGGCCGGACCGCGCUCCGCGCCUGGCACGCUUACACUGUUCGCAUGCGAACGGCUGGCGUUGUCAACAACGCGGCAUUUCUCACGGCCAAGGUCAACGCCCACCAGGUGGCGUAUGCUGAGCAGCUGGCCACCAUGCGGAAAGCUUUUACUGCCUGGAAGCGGGCCUCGAUUGUUGAGCACAGGCUCGUGGCUAUGGGCCGCGCCGCACGCCGCGCCGAGCUCGGCGCUGCGCUCAAAGCCUGGCGGGUGGCGGCCGCCCGACAGCGCGCGCUCAAGCUUGCAGUAGUCGACCGAUGGCUGGUUACCGUCUCGUGGCGCAUGAUGGUCACGUUCCGGGCUUGGCGACUCUGGGCGCUGCAGCGUCGCCAGGCCCGUCUUCCACAGCAGGCGCUCAUGGCUGCUUUCCAGCGGCGGCGGACCCGCAACGUUCUUGCUGCCACCUUUUCGGCGUGGGCCUCGAUUGUGCCCAAGCGAGUCGAGGCUGUCAUCAUUGCCGAGGACUACGCCCUGCUCCGCCGCGAAAACGCAGCCCUCCGUGCAAACCUCACCGUUGCGGUCGAGUCAGCGGCCGCAUCGGCGGAUGCUCUCCAGCACGCACACCUCGCUCUUGCCAACUACGAGGACCGUCUGCUUGCUGCCGAAGACGCAAAUGUCAAGCUCCGCAUCCAGGUUCUGGCGCUGCAGCGCAAGCUGGGGCUCAAGCCGGUUGCCCCCGAAGCACGCGGCGCCGUCUCGCGCGGAAGCCAAACUGUCCUGCUCCCUGCCCCGCUGCGUAUUUCACCUGUCUCUUCGCCGCGAGUUGCUUUGCUCGGCCCACCCGGGCAUGCUCCGAUUCCGAUGCGAGCUGGUGGCGGCAUGGACGCUGGUGGCGGUGCGCCGCCGCACGGCCGCAGAACACCCACCUCACCUUUGGCUCGCUUCUCAUCGUCGGCGGUCGCUUCUGACGGCAGCGCGGUGUGGCGGUCGCGGUCACGAUCUCCAUCUAUCUCAGCCCAGCUCUCUCCGUUGGACACCUCGACCGGCUCACUCGCGCGCUCGAUCUCGUUUUCCGAGAACACUGACUUGAGCGACUCUCAGACCAUGGUCAUUCGUACCGAUUCGGUGGCGGGCUCCGCGCUCUUGCAGGCUUUGAGUGCAAUCUCGUCGUCGGGUUCCUACUCGUCAUCAUCAUCAUCAUCAUCACUGUCGUUGCGGUCAUCGUUUACCUGCCCAAGGCACCCGAUGCAUGGGGCGACAGCGUCCGACACCAGUGACAACGUCUCGUCGUGCUCGACCCCACAGCUCACCAACCCGAUGCGGUCUACCAUCCAAAAAGCCUUCCCGUCUGGCAUGGUCGCCCGGCGUAACAUUUUGCUAGCCAGUGGGCGGAGCUCGUCGGCGGCAUCGCUCUCUCGCUGCCAACCGGCGGAGAAGCGACCGAGGCGGGCGAGCGAGCUGCCAUCGUUCUCGUUCUCGUCGUCUUCGUCGUCGGACAUUGUUUCGCCACGCGAGGAGCUGAUCUCGCGCCCGGCGUCGGCCGUCGCGCAUGCUGUUCCGGAUACAGGUGGCGCUGACGAGCACUCUAGCUCGUCUUUAUCGUCGUCGUCUUCGUCGACGCCGCUCAUCAUCCACCAGGCCGCGCAGCACUCGUGCUCAUCGUCAUCGUCGACGCCUGUCGUCGUCCAACAGAACCGUCAUGAGUCGGACGAUUCCGACUCGGCCAUCUCCAUCGAUGCGGCUCGCCCCCGCACACUCUGA